GACGCGUCUUUCAAUCAAUCGCCACCAUGACCUCGGAGAACGGAAAUGAUGCUAGCGCAGCGCCUGUUAUAACUCCAGAGACAGUGCCGCUUGUGACGUCGCAGACACUCCUCGUCGCGUCCCUCUUAUUUGCUGUUCUGUGUCUUGGAAUUCUUGUCUUCUUCACGAGACGGAAAUCUCGAGCGAACGGCAAACUACUGCUUCUUGUUGGUGCACCUGAUAGUGGGAAGACAGCGAUACUGUCCCAGCUGGUGUACCGUGAAGCUCUUCCGACACACACGUCGCUCCAAACCAAUGCAUCCGUUGUCGCCCUUGAGAACAAGUCCCUCACAGUGGUAGACAUUCCGGGACACCCGCGGAUCCGCAGCCAAGUCAGCGAACACGUCGCGGACGCCAAGACAAUCGUUUUCGUUGUCGAUGCAAGCACCAUCUCAAGGAAUGGCCCUGCUGUUGCGGAACACCUGCACCUCGUUCUCAACGCGGUCAUGUCGCUUCCCCCGUCUCACACCCUGCCCGCGCUCCUCAUUCUCGCUCACAAGACCGACUUGAUCAAAUCAGGUGCAGUCUCGACUGCCGCAGAAGCUCAAGCGAUCACCCGUGUCAAGACGAUCCUCGAGCGUGAGCUGGAGAAGCGCAAAGUGUCGCAAGCGGGGGGAGUGGGAAUCGAGGGGCUCGGGGAAGAGGGCGAGAAGACCGAGAUGGGCGGCCUGGAGUCCACCGACUUCGAUGAGGAGGAGUUCAAUACACCCACUCCGUUUGGGCGAACUGGUGGCAGUGGUGGCCAUGGCUUGUUCGGUGGAUUUGGGAGCAGUGUUGGUUCGGAUUCGCCGACAUCCAUGACGCCGACCCUCGGUUUCGAGCGAGCUUUCCUGCCCUCGCAUUCAAGAGGCGACUCAGUCGCGUCAGAAGACUCGGGGCAUUCGAUUACGACCCGUUUCACCGCGAAGUCGUCUACUCCGUUCGCGCACUCUGCCCAAUCGUCCAUUGCGGCGCCGACGGGUUUCACGAAGAAGACGUCGUUCGCCUCAAUCCGCGCCGCUUUCAAGAGUGCAGCAAAGUCGAGCGAUCCCCCUCCUGUUCCCCACAUCGACCACCAGGCGUAUCCUGUGCUCAAAAACCCGUUCAAUCGUUCCACCACUUCACUGAACCAGUCGCGCGGACCGUCGACUGCCAAUUCGUCGUUUAUCAGACCUCCGACGCCCGGAUCAGGAGACGCUCGACGCCCAACGCGGUCCAAGUCGCAUGGAUAUGCCAAAUCGCAGCACUCGCAGACUGGGUCCAUCUUCCAGUACUCCGACGGCGGCAGCGACCACGGCCACACGCAUGGCUUCUCUUCCUCCUCUCCGCCUCCCGUUCCCAGGAUGCCGAAUGCAUUUGGAUUCGCUCCGCGGAGUGAGACGCCUGACUUUGACGAUGAUAAGGUUGUCAUAGAUCCCAAGACGCCGUCUGACUACGCCCUGCAUGCCGUCUUCAUUCGGUUUGCCGCGUCGUGCGAGUCGAAGAUUGACAUGUUUCUCCAGGAAUCUAUGGACCAGGAGCCACUACUGGUGGACUUGAUGGGGCCCGGGAUAGAUCCCAAACUAGAUGAUAUCCUCAACUCCCUUGGAAAGAUCGCGCAGAAGCACCCCAAGCCUGUGGUGGAUUCGAUUAUGCGCUGGCGACGCAGUCAAUCGGAGAAUGUCCCCUCUGACGCGAUUCGAUUCCACGUGGCUUCUUCCCCUGGUCCAUCUCGCGGCCGAAAUGCUGACAUCCCGGCCCUCUUGCAUGAGAGGAAGUCGUUGGCGUCCAUCUAUGUCAUGUGCAGGGCCUUGAUCGCCGUGUUGCAGACCAUAUCGAAAGACGCGCUCGGAGAAAGCCUGGGAUAUAGCUUGGAGGAGACAACGUUCGAACAGUUCAGAAAACCAGAUCUGAAGCUCCUCUCGCAGUCUGCCAACCAUCGCAUCAACGCCGAGUUGUAUGCGACACUCCUUGGCCAUCUGGCAAAUAUUCGAUUCGUUUCAGUAACCGAUCGCUUUCUAGCCGAGCUUGGACCGGUCGCCAAUGGGCAAGUGCCCCGGGACCUUGAAAUGAAGUAUGAAAACCUUGUCAAGGGAAUCAAUCAUAUCCAAAUCAAGGUUUGGCCGCCGGAAGCUUUUGAAGAAGGUGCCGAGUUCUUGGAAUCGCUAGCCAAAUCCUUCGUCCAAGCGCAUGGCUUCCGAUUGAAGACAGCGUUUGCGGAGGCGUUGACAAGAAUCUUACAUCCUAUCAGCAAAACCGCUCAAGCUGAGACGAACAAUCCACAAUGGGCCAAAGCCAUUGAGAUGAUUCACCCGAAAGCCAAGGAGAUGAUGUCCAAGCCCCGUUAUUGGCAUGCAGCCUUUCCUCUGGUCAUCACCUCACUGUGCAUCGCGCCGCAGGCCUACUUUCUCAAGAACUGGGUUUCCUGUUUCGAGACGUCUCUGCCCAGACUCAAGGAGAAGGGGUAUCGUACAGCCGUUCUGAAUGGCAUGCUCCGGCUCGUGUGGACUUAUCUAUACCGGUGCCAGGAAUCUGCGUCGACAACGCAAACAAAGCUGGAUACUCUGUUUAGGCAUUUCUUUCCUGCUGGACGGCAGAUCGUGACACCCUCAGAGAACCACCGCGUCGAACCGUUUGUGUAUAUGGUCCAUUUCGCGCUCUCCCGACACUUUGAAUUCGGACGGGAUCUGUGUCUGGAACUGAUGCAGGAGUCGGCCAUCAUCCAAGCAGGGGGUCUGACUAGCCAGAUGGGCCCGGAGCGCACUGCCAUUUCAAUACAGGCGAUCUUGCUUUCUUUGCACGCUAUCGAAAAGGAUCUCCAGACUCCGACAUGGCCAAGCUUGGUGGACUUUUCGGUUUAUCCUUCUCCGGAUGAUUAUCCGACUUCGUCUGCUUUUGUUCCACCGACAUUACUAUCCAAGCCCGGGAUCCAAGACCUGUUUGACCGGUGUGGGAAGGUCGUUGGACUGAUCGCCGCAUCGUGUGCCAGCGCCAUCGGUCACAUGACCAUCUUUGACGAGCAGUGGAGGCUCAACCCUGCGUACGAGGAGUCGCACAACUUCAUCGUUCGGCGACACCCGGAGGGAGGGACAGUGGCGUAUCCGAUGAGCCUCGUCCCGCAGAUCGGACUGCUCCAAUCCUGUUUCCAGGCAUGGCCUCGGUGCCUGCAUUCGAGCCUUGACAUGGCAGACGCCGUCGAUAUGCUCAUUCGGGGCGUAAUUCAUGUUGAGCCAUUGCUUGGGGAGGUCUCGACGGCUGCGCUGCGGCGAUUCAUGGAUGACCGGACCGCUGCAGCUGUUGUGCUUGGGCGAUUGUCUCUCUUCUUGUUUGAUCCUGCGCGAAUCGCGCAGCAGGGCUCUGGGACCACUAUUUUCGUCAGCUCACCCACUGUGCUUAAUCUUUGGGCUGGUUUGGUCGACUCUUGGAUCCAAGACAUGGUCAAGCAAUCGGUCGAAUCUCUGGCUGAGGACGAACAGACGAUCGAACAGCUGUGCGGUCAAAUUGAGGCCGGGGCCUUGUUUCUGCUUUCCUCUGAAACGUGGAGCAUUCAUAGCCUUGGCCUGCGAGUGAUUCGUGUUCUCGGACAGCUCGUUGCGCACAUAUCCCCUGAUCAGACUUCGCCCUCGGACAUGCCGGUAACCUUCCUGCCCAUCGUCGAGCUGCUGCACGGCAAGGGCGGAAACAAGGAUUAUCUCAAGGGGUAUGAAGCUCUGCUGGACCGCGACGAGCUGGAGCGCCUCGAACAGUGGCAGGAGUCCAAGCGAGUGGAUGUUCCCCUCCGGAUCGCGGACAGUGAUACAGACAAGGACCGCAAGAUCUGGCGCCAUCUCUUCCCCACCUUCAUGCGACAGUGCAUGGAGCUUUCCUUCCCGUCGGUUGUCUUGUUCCGAGAGACGGUUGUGGCUGCGACGACAAAAUACCAUCCCAUCAUCCUGCAUCUCGCCGGCCUCAGCAGCAGCCGGCUUCCCUCAGGCCGGGGCCUGGAUAAAGACAAAGACAAGGAUAAGGAUGGCUUUCGACAGGUGAAGGAUAACAAGAUUGUGCUUGACCAAUGGCAAAUAUGGGUCAAGCUCUUGUGCUCCACCGCCACCAUGUCUGAAUCGCAUCGGGCGAUGGCGCAGCUCGGGAGGGAUCACUCCCGUGCUCCCUCUGACGCCAAUUUCGAGCGCGAGCGGUUUUCGACGAUGCGCGGCCUGCUCCGGUAUCUGACUCCGUUCUUGGACUCUGAGUACACGCCUUUCCGGGACGCGGCUGUCGUCUGCGUCAGCUCUUUCCCCAACACUGUCUAUUCGCAGCUCCUGGAUGAUCUCAGUCUCCUUGCUGGGCGACAAUUCUACGACGAACCGCGGUCCAAGACCGGAUCCAAUCUUGCGGUGGACCAGGGCCUGUCCACUCCGCGUCUGCAACACGAAGACAAAUUCAGACUCAACCCGGCAACGGCCGGCGAACGGACUCGUCGCCAAGAGCGGCUGUAUUCCGCUGUGGCUCGAAUUUAUUUUCUCACUGCACAUAAUCUCCAGCUGCAGCGGUCCUCGGGGCUGCAGGCGGCGUUGCACAGUGUGCUCAAGUUUGUGCGCAACACUCAGGCAUAUCUCGCCUCGUCGGACAACCGGGACAACUACAGCUUCCAGAGACUGCGACGGUAUUUCUGUGGCACGGUGGAGCUGCUGUUUGACGGGUUCGCAGCUCUCCCUGAUUCCGACCGGUUUUUCACAGCGAACAUGCAUCUGUCGCUCUAUCGUCUGUGCGAAGAGUGGUGCCAGUUCGGGCCACAGGCAGAAGGUGUCACCCAGCGGCUCAUUCUGAUGCAGAGAGCCGCGGCGUCGUCUGCUGCAGAGCUCGAUCGCAAUCAAUCAGUCAGGCGGUUCCAGAACGAGACUCUCCUGCUCUCGUACAGCGCAGUUGGUGCCCUCUCCUCGCUUUGUCAAAAGGCAUACUUUCCUCCGGAAACCUCCUCUUCCGAAUCACCGGUCGAUCGGUUUCCUUCCGAAUUCCUGCGACCGCUCACUGCACAUGCCGUGUUGGACCGAAUUGCCGCCAUUCUCGCUUGCGAUCAUGUACCAUCGCAAACACGUGGCAAGAAGGCGCUGAGGUCUCUUCUCACGGCAAGCGCGACCGAUCCAUUGCUCCUGGACGAGUCUCUGCGGCGGUCUUUAGUGUUGACCGACAAUCUUGACUCGAGCAGUGUUCGAUUCUUCCAGGUCUUGGCGGACAUCGUGUGCAGCGGAGAGCAGCACGAUUUCAGCUUUGCCCAAGUCGUCUGUCUCGGCUUGUCGAAUCUGUGCCACCCUCUGCUCGAGAUCCGGUCGCAUGCGUUCAACAUGCUGGAGGCGAUCCACCAGCAAUCAGGAGGACUGAUUCCCAUGUCGCAUCUGGAAGCCACUGCCACCAGUCUCGCCUCGGGAACGUACAUCCACAGCCAUCGGCUUGUGUCGGAUGCCCUGGCCAACGAACACGGCGAUCAAGCUGCGGCCAUACUCGCGCAGUUCGCUCAUUGGCUUGCCCAAAUGCACCACCUGCCUGCUGUGACGAAUGUGCCGUUGGUUCUGCUGCAGAGUCUCUCGUUCUGGAGCUCGAACAUCGAGCUGAUGAACCCAGAUAAGACGAGUCUGUCGCACGAAAGCCACUCUGCGCUGUACCACCUGAUGAAUUUGAUGAUGCGAUAUGGCAAGAGCCAUACGGAGCAGAUGUCCGCGCUGUGGAUGCGGCUGGUGGAGCCUCCUCGGCAGUCCAACGGUCAUGCCGUUGUCCGCUUCCUUCUGGAACAGUCACAGAAAGUCGGCAGCACUGCAUUCAUCGACUGCGCAGCCAAUGUCGUGGCUUGUCUAUGUCAGACCGAGAUCGGACGCCCGAUCUUCGAGGACCUGUGCUCUGUGAUCGAACCUGCGCGGAUGUUGCCGGCCAUCGACCAUAAGCUGGCAUUCCCCGAGGCAGAUGCGAUGGAGCUCUGGGCCGACCUCGACGCCUUAUUUGCUUCGGACGAGCCAAAGCUGUCGCUCGGGUCUGCGCAAUUCGCAUGGCUGUUCCUAGCGGAUGUGGCUUUGGAGUGUUAUUGGCAACUGCAGUCACAGCUGCCGUCUCUGCUGCACGUCGUGUUCUCCCAUGUCGAUCAUCGCAAUGCUCUCGUCCGGUCACGUGCACAUCGACUGCUGUUCCAGAUACUCAAGUCAUGGGCCGCCGGAUACGACGAACUGCCGGACAGGGCCGAAUAUCCUACUCGAGCUGCCAUCAAGGCUUCAAUUUCUGCGUUGGAGAGCGAAGCGGAGUCGAUGUACUGGAAGGAAGAAGAGUCGGGUGUCCAGGUCGAGCCCAAGAUGAAAUGGCUUUCUGCGCGGGUGGUUGAGAUUCUGCUGCCUUUGUGCCCGUCCCUGACGGAUGAAUGGGGCUCGCUUGCACUGCAUUGGGGAACGUCGUGUGCGAUACGGGGGACUGCGUUCCGUUCGUUGCAAAUUUACCGGGCGAUGAUGGUGCGCGUCCACCCGAGGGAUCUGGGCGAGCUGCUUCCCCGGUUGUCGAAUACAAUUGCUGCAUCGGACGACAAUCUGAGAUCGUUCACGGCCGAGAUUCUGCGCACGAUGCAUGCCAUGAUCAUGGAAGUCGACUCGGCUGCGCUGCCGCAGAUCUUCUGGUCGGCCUGUGCCGCGCUGUCCACGACGGUGGAGCAGGAAUUCGUGCACGUGCUGGCGAUACUGGACACCCUGAUGACCCGUCUUGACUUUGAUGACCCUGCGUGUGCCGAGCUGCUGCUCUCGCGACAGCCACUCGGGUGGACAGGCCCUGCAUAUCUGCAACCUGCUCUUCUCGCCGGUCUGCGCUCCAGCACGACGUAUGAUGGGACGAUGAAGCUCCUGCAGCUGCUCAGCAAAGUGGACGACAGCCGCUUCGUCGAUCCGACCCCCGGCCGGCUGCGGGAUUUGUAUACGGUCAUCCUCCCGGCAUGCCUGCAGUCCAUGUCACCUGACACUCCGAACGAUCCGGCUUUGAAGGAAUUCGCGGGCAACGUGGCCGUCCUCGCAGAAGGAGACGGGCUGCAGAGCAUCCAGCGGAUCAUGACGUCAUUCGCCAAGGGUCAUUUCCGCACCAGAGAUGACUUCCUUCGGCAGUCCGUCUUCAGUCUCCGGGAGCAUUACGGCAGUGAAUAUUGGACGGAGGUCGUCACUCUCCUUCUGGGCUUGGUGCUCAACCGACAGCGAUGGCUGAGAGUCCAGGCCAUGCAGAUUCUCAAGGUCUUGUUCCAGCAGCGCGAGACUCGGAACCCAGUCGAAUUGCUCGGCUCCGAGCUGCUCAUGCCUUUGCUGCGCCUGCUCGAGACAGAUCUCGCGCCACAGGCUUUGGAAGUUCUGGAGGAGCCCAUGGUCAUGUCCGGCGGACUUCCGGCCAAGCACGUGCUGCGUAUGAGCAUGCACGGGCCCCGACAAGCCACGAAAGACGCCAACUCUGCCGCAGUCGUCUUCGGGGUUCCCGAGUUGUCAGGCUGGUGUGUCGCGCAAGCAGACACUCUGCGGAACUCCUGCAGAGCCAAUGUGAUGGCCGUGUGCGACAUGGUGUCACUCCCCACCCGUCCGUCUCGCAUCGACUUUGAGCCCGAAGUGGAGGCACUCGCUAUCUCUGGGCCCCAGCACGAAGACCUCGGUGGCUUGGUCCAGAAUCUGCACGAUCUCACGACUUUCUUCCAGGACGACUCCGAGAGGUCCUCCGAGACGGGCUCGUUCACUAUCCCUGACAAGCGGCUCGAGGCUCGUGUCGCUGCCAUCCUUGCCAAGUCCAUCUCCUCCGAGAAUAUCGCUGACGGACCGCAAACCCCCUUCCGGGACGUCUUCCACGUUGACUCGAUGAGCUCUGCGGAAGACUCAGACGAGUACUCUGACUCGGAUUCAGAACUAGACGCUUUCAUUUACGACUCCCCUGCUAUCUAUCGCAGUGCACCCAACGGCUUGCGCUUGUAGUCUGUUAUCUAGCAUCUUGUACACUUCAUUGUAUCAUUACGACCGUCGCAACUAGAUUGUAUUCGUGGCUCGUGGCAGAGGCCAGGCUCCCCACCAUGUGAUAGCCACGUAAGCUGUCUUUACUUCAGUCCUUGAUUGCUAGCACUUGCUUUCUCCAGUCACUUUCCUCUCCCCCUUCUACUUAUCAUCUGCGUUUCGCAACACACUCUUCACCAUGUUCAUCAUUAACUGGCUCUGGGAUGUGCUCGCUCAGCUCGGACUGAUGCACAAGAAUGCUAAAAUUCUCUUCCUCGGUUUGGAUAACGCUGGAAAGACGACCCUUCUUCACAUGCUCAAGAACGACCGACUUGCGACGCUCCAGCCUACGCUCCACCCAACGUCGGAGGAGUUGGCUAUCGGCAACGUGAAAUUCACGACCCACGACUUGGGUGGUCACCAGCAGGCCCGCCGUCUCUGGCGUGACUACUUCCCGGAGGUGGACGCCAUCAUCUUCCUCGUCGACAGCGCCGACUUUGAGCGCUUCCCCGAGUCGAAAGCCGAGCUCGACGCCCUGCUCGCUAUCGAGCAGCUCGCCAAGGUGCCGUUCCUGAUCCUGGGCAACAAAAUCGACGCGCCGGGUGCCGUGAGCGAGGAGGAGCUCAGACAUCACCUGGGGCUCUACCAGACUACCGGCAAGGGCAAGGUCCCUCUCACUGACAUCCGGCCCAUUGAGCUCUUCAUGUGCUCGGUCGUCCAGAGGCAGGGGUACGGAGAAGGUUUCCGCUGGGUGUCACAAUACAUCUAAGUCGGAGAUGAGACACGUGGAGCGGACUGGUUUUUUUCGUUUACCUUACUUGUUAGUGGUAGUGUCGAGUUCCCGUACUUUGUCUACCGCGUAGAUAUAUAUGUUUUUCGACUUGCAUGUAGCUGAUGCCAACUCUUCCUUCUUUCUUCCAUGUCGUGGUGUUGUCCAUAGCUCUGCGCGUCGCCCUCAUUCUCUACAGCGAAUGGCACGACGCGCAUUCCGUCGUCAAAUAUACGGACAUCGACUACCGUGUCUUCAGUGACGCUGCACGCUUUCUACUGCACCCGACAAGUGACAACUACGCGCGAGGCAGGUUCGGGUUCGGACUCGGAGAUCCAUAUUCGCGCGAAACCUAUCGUUACACGCCGCUGCUUGCCGUGGCCCUUGUUCCCAACGAAUUGCUGCACCCCUCGUUCGGGAAAUACCUCUUUGCCGCCUGCGAUGUGUUAAACGGCUGGCUAAUUCAUAAUCUUCUGCUGAACCGUGUGCUCCCUCGGGCUCUGUCAAACGACCGACGCGCGCGCCUGGCGACUAUGUACAGUGCAUUGCACCUGCUCAACCCGCUCGUGUUCACGAUCUCGACGCGGGGCUCGUCUGAAGCUGUGCUCUCGCUCUUCGUGCUGCUGACGCUGCAUACCGCGUUGAACGGGCGGUGGGAUGCAGCUGCCGUGCUGAUGGGGGCAAGCACUCAUUGGAAGAUCUAUCCGCUGGUCUAUGGCGUUGCGUGCCUCGGUGCCAUCGGGGGCGUAGGCAAUGCGAAGGGAAUGAACGACUACGCGAGGGCGCUGGUCAACGCGAAGACGGUGCGCUUUGCGGUGUUAAGUGCGGGAACCUUUGUCUUUCUAGGACUGGGAUGUUACGCAGUAUGGGGUUAUCCGUUCCUCUACGAGUCGUAUCUGUACCAUGUCCACAGGCUGGACCACAGGCAUAACUUCUCGCCGUACUUCUAUCUGAUCUACCUCACCUACGGGUCCUCCACGGAGAAUCUCUCCAUUUGGAACAGGAUCCUGCGCUCGCCUUUGACCAGCUUCGGCCCGCAGAUGGCUCUCACGCUGGGGAGCGGGCUGCUGUUCGGACGUAAGCCUGAUGAUCUUGUCUUCACCUGGUUCGUGCAGACCGUCGUCUUCGUCGUGUUCAACAAAGUAUGCACAUCCCAGUACUUUCUGUGGUAUCUUUUGCUGCUUCCCAUGCUGCUCCCACAACUCAAAAUGACGCGGAGAAGGGCCGCGGGUUGCAUCGUUGUCUGGGUCGCUGCCCAGGCUUUGUGGCUAGGAGAAGCCUACAAAUUGGAAUUUCUGGGACAAGAUGUGUUCCAUUCUCUAUGGGUCCGAGGGCUUGUCUAUGUCGGAGGCAAUUGUUGGGUGCUUACUCAGAUUAUGGGAGCCAUGUACAUAGCCGAAUGAAGGAAGCUUCCAGAUUUCGCAUGCAAUAAUGUUUUGGAUGGG